CAGAUGUGACCGCGUUGUUCAAAAAGUAAAUGACAAUCUCAUUUGGAUAGAUUUAAUUAGAGCAUACGUCAAACAGUGUCUAGAACAAAGCGGGUGUACGUUUGGUGUAUUUCUAUGUACACUUGGAUUGAUGCUAUUGGUGAGACCUGCGGAGCGGACUGUGAUGGUCUCCGUCCAUGAGCCCAUUGAACGAGAGCCGGGGUUGGUUUAGUGUUGAUGGAGCUCCACACAUCGUGGCCAUGGACCCGCGAGAAACACAAAGGCAAGAGGCGUAUUACCUCUUCUUUGUGGCCAGCCUGGGUAUGCUGCUCAACCUGCUGGUCGUCAGCAUCAUCUUUCUUCGGCGAAAUCUCAGAAGGAUGACCAGUGCUUUUCUCAUCCACGCUGGAUUCUUAAACCUUCUGAAGGCAGCUUUCUGCAUCCCAUUCGGCCUGAACCUGCUGAGCGGGGCCGACGAGAAGAAAGAGAACGAGCCAGAGGACUGCAACUUCCAAGGUUCCUUUUACAUCGUCAUCGUCACAACCUCGGCCAUCAACAUGGUGGCUAUGAUAUGCACGGAGGCGUACACAUUCGGUGAGGUCAACGUCGGGGGCAAUUCCCAGGGCACCAGUUGUUGUAUUCUUUUUGGAUUACUCGUCGUCUACAUCACCAGCGUCAUUCUCCAUCUGGGCCCCACACUGAUAGGGGGGGACAUUGUGUACAAUCCUGACAUAGGAAGCUGCGCCUUCCAGCUGGGCACCGUCACGGGCUAUGUGGCCAAUGUCAUGUGGAUUGUCAUCAUUACACUCGCCUUUGUGGGCGUCGGCCAUUUCUUGAAUAAACUUUACAAGGAGAUACAGCUCAACAGGCCGAACCGCGUCUCCAUGCUAGUCCGUCAUUCCAUUACAAUAACAGACGGGCUGGGACGAAAGCCGUCAGCCUGUACGGUUCAUGAGAUGACACAGGAGGCAAUGCACCGGGCCAAGAUCUUUGUCAUCACUGCCAUAGCUUUUGCCUUGUGUUGGUACCCGUUGUUUCUUCUUAUUCUUAUAGACGUCAACUUCAAGGUUUCCCCAAAGGUUUAUCAAGCUUUCAGCUUUAUAGCGUGGACGGAGGCGAUGGUUGAGCCAAUUAUCCUCAUCUGUUUUGACCGUAAUCUCAACCUUCUGGCACGGUUCAUGUACUGUGACCGGGACCAGUACACCGCCACACAGAUCGCAUACCUCAUGUCGCCCCAGGCCAGCCAGCAGCAAGACGAGCUGACAAAUUCCAUCGAGACCGGCGACACAUUCCAUUGUGGAGCUCUCCAUGGGAGCCACACUCUUGUCACCAACAACCAAUCUCUCCUCACAGCUCCCUGCUGCCACUGCGCCCACGUCCCCCCGGGUGAAACCACGCCCCUGCGCCCCCAGGCACAAUACCGGCUCUGCACGCAGGGCAGCGAGCCUCCCCUAUGCUCCAGCACAAGCGAGCUCCGGGGCUUUAGAGAAUUUUCCCCACCAGCUGAGAACACGAACGGCAUUGAGAUGAGCUUUACUCCCUUAAGAGUUGAAUACGAUCCAAUCCGGUCUAAAGAAGAAGUCUCAGACCUGCAAGACGACGUACAGUGCUAGCCUCGAGCCAAAUGAACAGAAAUGGCAGGACAUGCGGCAGGACAUGCGGCAGGACAUGCGGCAGGACAUGCGGCAGGACAUGCGGCAGGACAUGCGGCAGGACAUGCGGCAGGACAUGCGGCAGGACAUGCGGCAGGACAUGCAUGAUGUGAGCUGUGUCAUCAGUUACUGGAAGCUGUUACACUAAAGCGACCAAUGACCCCAAACAAUGACCCCAAACAAUGACCCCAAACAAUGAUCCCAAACAAUGAUCCCAAACAAUGACCCCAAACAAUGAUCCCAAACAAUGAUCCCAACUACUGGCUAGAAGGCUGCUAAUUGAUUUAGAAAAUCAGAAGUAGGGAGGGAGUGAGUGGCCUUUUUUUUUAAAGAGGCGGUGUUUUUUCUUGAGGGUUUUUCUUUAAUUUUGUUAGGCGUUGCUCUUAGGUCAAAUAUGGAAGUUUAAAUUGUUGGAGCCACAAGUAGCACGGGUAAGCAUGACAUUCACAAGUUAGAGACUAGUGGUCCACACACAAGAUCAUUAGUGUUGCUAGAGACCACACACAAGAUCAUUAGUGUUGCUAGAGACCACACACAGAAGAUCAUUAGUGUUGCUAGAGACCACACAGAAGAUCAUUAGUGUUGCUAGAGACCACACACAAGAUCAUUAGUGUUGCUAGAGACCACACACACAAGAUCAUUAGUGUUGCUAGAGACUAGUGGUCCACACACAAGAUCAUUAGUGUUGCUAGAGACCACACACACAAGAUCAUUAGUGUUGCUAGAGACUAGUGGUCCACACACAAGAUCAUUAGUGUUGCUAGAGACCACACACACAAGAUCAUUAGUGUUGCUAGAGACCAGUGGUUUUUCUAUGUUUUCUCAGCAGCCUUACAGGUGUUUUUUUUUUUUUAAUUUAAAGUUUUUAAAAUUUACAAAUUUAAAAAAUGUGGUAUUUAAAUAAUUUAUGUAAUAAACUUUGCAACGCUAAGAACUAAUA